GUGAAAUCCAAGGAGUAAGUCUUGAUUCGAAUCCUGCCAAUUGCAAUUGGAGAUUGCUAGGUAAAAAUGUGUAUCUACAAUUCAAUUACUUGGCUCUAAUCCCAACUCACUAUCUUUCAAUUUGUGAUUAAAGUCUAAUUACAUCUUCCAUUAAUUGUUCCGUCAGUGUACUAAGAGGUCAUGAGUCAUGAGAAGUAGCAUUUCUUAUAAAUAGAACACCAGUUCACAUUUCAAGGGCCAAUUGACCAUCCAUCCAUCCAUCAAUUUCAAUUCUCAGUCAUGACCUAUAAUUAUGAGUAUUUCCUGGCUUCCGUUGUUCAGCAGCAGGCGGCCUUUUCAUGGCUUCUGGCCACAAUAGCCUUUCUCUUCAUAAUAAAUCAAAGACAGCCACGAAAACGGAAAACUCCGCCCGGUCCAAAGCCAUGGCCAAUCACAGGAAAUCUGAACCUCCUCGGCUCCAUCCCACACCAAUCCUUAGACUCUCUGUCCCAAAAGUACGGAGAGCUGAUGCUCUUAAACUUAGGUUCCACCCCUGUUUUAGUCGCGUCCUCUCCCAAAACAGCCAAACUUGUCUUGAAAACCCACGACGCCGUUUUCGCCUCUCGCCACACGCCCGCCCUAGGUGCGCGCCUUUUUGAAGGCGGCGCACUGUUCUGGUCUCCUUACGGGCCCUGGCUCCGCCAGGGCCGGAGGAUUCUAAGCUCUGAACUCGCCGUGACUCGGAAGAUUGACUCGCUCGAGUACGUCCGGGUCGAGGAAAGAAUAUCUCUUGUUUCCCGCCUUUACGAGGCGGCAGCGGCGAGUAAACCGGUCCUGCUUCGAGACCACCUGUCAAAACUGACUGGUUCCAUUUCAGCAAGACUACUUUCAGAUCACAAGAAAUCUUGCAAAACAGGGGACGGGAGGGAAUUGAGAACUGCGCCGAUCGAUAUGAAGAGGCUGAAUGAGCUUGUGGAUGAAUUUUUUCGACUCGGCGGGUUGGUCAGCAAUCUCGGGGAUUGGGUUCCGUGGCUGCGCCCCUUUGACCUGCAAGGCUGUGAGAAAAGAGUGAAAGGUUUUAGCGAGGAGUACGAGCAGUUUCUGGACCCGGUGAUAGAGGAGCAUAGGGCGUUGAUGAAAGCCGCCGGAAAGGAUUUUGUGCCCAAUGGAUUGAUUGAUGUUUUUCUGCAGCGAGCUGAUGAUCCAAAUGUUGAAGAGUCCGAGGUUGCUCUCACCCGUCAUCGCAUCAUGGGCUUAAUACAUGAUGUUGUUUCUGGCGGCACAGAUACAUCAACGGGAUCAUUGGAAUGGGCUUUUCAAGAAAUCGCCAGGAAACCAAAUGUAAUGGAAAAGGCCAAAGAAGAGCUAGACAGAGUUAUUGGGAGGGAGAGAUGGGUGGAAGAAAAAGACAUUGCACACUUACCAUACAUUGAAUCCAUCAUUAAGGAAACAUUCAGGUUGCAUCCAGUGGGCACACUGCUUCCACGUUAUUCCAUGGAAGAUUGCAACCUCGACGGUUACGAGGUAACAAAAGGGACAAUUUCUUUGGUUAAUGUUUGGUCUAUUGGAAGGAACCCAGAGUAUUGGGAGAGAGCCGAGCACUUCCUACCAGAGAGGUUUUUGGGGAGUGAUAUUGACGUAAAAGGAAACGAUUUUUCAAUGUUGCCAUUUGGAUCAGGCAGGAGAAUGUGCCCCGGCUACAACUUGGGAUUGAAGGUUGUGCAGGCAACAUUGGCAAAUUUGUUGCAUGGGUUUAAUUGGAAAUUAUCAGGAGGUGUGAAGCCAGAAGAUGUGUCUAUGGAAGAGGUCUAUGGCUUGACCACUCACCCCAAAUUUCAACUGUCUUACCUCAUUGAACCAAGGCUUCCCACCCAUCUCUACUAAGUCUAUACCUGCAUUGUAUUAUUGGAUGAACUUUAUAAUAAUUAAGACAAGGAGAAUGUAACAAUUCAAACUAUCAAUAAUGUUAACUCUUGUAUACUGUCACGCCCCGGACCUCCCCGGACACGUCAACAACCCGCCGUACAAUACGAAUAGUCAACCGCAGUCCAACACAUUCA